AUGCCAACAAAGAAAGGUCAAUCACUCGAGGAAAAACUUGCAGCUCUCCAUGCUUGGUUCCAAUCCAAUCAUGAAUUCUACACUCUAAAAGAAAUUGAGCAAAGGGGCAGUAAAGCGUGUAAGAUUUCACUGAUGCAAAUUAAAGAUUUGGUUGUAAAUUUGGUGAAUGAGGGUUUGGUUCAACAGGAAAAAUGUGGCACAACCAAUUUGUAUUGGUCAUUUGGAUUCACCCAGCAUAAGUUAAAACUCGACAGGGUUCAAAAACUAAAGGAAGAGUGCAUGCUGAAAGAAGGUCGAAUUCAGCAAUUGCAAACGGAUCUUGAUGCGUUAUACGCAGAAAGAGAUGUUGCAAAACUCCCUAAUCGAGCAGAGGAGUUGCAAAGAUUAGAGUGCUUGAAACAACAAUUGUCUCUAUGCAAGAAACAGCAUGAACAAUUCCAGGACUUGGAAAAAAUCGAGCAUUUAAAAAAGGGGAUAGACUUUUUCAAUGAACUUAUUGAAAAUAUUGUGUGUUAUGUCUCAGAAAGAGCAAUGGUGAGCCAAGCCGAGAUUAGAAACGAGUUCAAUAUUCCAUUUGAAUUGGAAGACCCACCAGAAAUGUCAAAAGCCAAUUAA